AUGGCGCAGAUUUUCAAACCCACCCCGGAUAGUCCCAAGACCCGGCUCAUGGUCCUAGAGACAGACAAACCUCACCCGGACACAGAGUCCGAGAAAGGAUCAUUUGGUGAAAUUCUGCAUCAACACUUCUCCAAAGCGGGAGCGGCUCACGAUCCGCCUCUUGCUGUGGAAACAAAUCAGAUUUUCGUGGUGACUGAGCAGGGUGGUCGAAUGCCCACAAAAGACGAAUUUGAUGGAUACGAUGGGAUAUUAAUUACCGGGAAUCUAUGGUUAUCCAAACCAGACUUCCACUUCACAGGCGUCUGUUUCGGCCACCAGCUCCUCUCCCGUCUUCUCGGAGGCACAGUCGCGCCAUCUGCUUCCGGAGACUGGGAACUCGGCCACUGCCGCAUCGACACCACUCCCACUGGACGACGGUUAUUCCGCACACACGAAGACCACAUCCACUUACACCAAAUGCACCAAGAUCAAGUCGUACAGCAACCUACACACGAGUCAGCAAAGGGAAUGAUACCCGAUGAGGCAGAAAUUGCCGUCUGGGGAAGUAGUCCGCAUACCACUAUCCAGGGACUAUACAUACCGAAUAGACUGUUUACGACACAGGCUCACUUGGCGUUUGAUGAGGACAUGGUGAAGCGCCAGAUACAGAUGCGCGUUGACAAGGGCAGCAUCCAGGACAUAGAGCACGCGGACAGAGCGGCGGAGACGGCGCACUUGGAACACGAUGGGGUGAUUGUCGCGGGGGCAAUUUUGAGAUUAUUCUCAUAG